AUGGCUGAAAUGAUGGAUCUCGAUGCCGUGGCCGGUACCAAGCGCAAGGCGGAUGUGGACAACGACGAACCGGCACCGCCACGUCGUAUUCGCGCUCUAGAUAUCGAUGUAGUGAACAAGAUUGCCGCUGGUGAAAUUAUUGUUGCACCCGUCCACGCGCUGAAGGAGCUUCUGGAGAAUGCCAUAGACGCAGGCAGCACUGCAUUGGAGGUUCUUGUCAAGGACGGCGGAUUGAAAUUGCUUCAGAUUACAGACAAUGGAUCUGGGAUUCAGAAGGACGAUCUUGCCAUCCUGUGUGAGCGACACACUACGUCAAAAAUUGCCGCGUUUGAAGAUCUCGAGUCCAUUUCCACAUACGGCUUCCGCGGCGAGGCCCUUGCAAGCAUAAGUCAUAUCGCCCAUUUGACAGUCACCACAAAAACAAAGGAUUCGCCUCUAGCUUGGCGUGCGCACUAUCUGGAUGGCAAGCUUGUGCCUAGCAAGCCAGGUCAGCCAGCAGAGCCCAAAGGCGUCGCUGGUCGCCCUGGGACCCAAAUUGCGGUCGAAGAUUUGUUCUUCAGUAUACCCACGAGACGCAAGGCAUUUAGAUCCUAUGCGGACGAAUUCAACAAGAUUAUAGACAUGGUUGGGCGAUAUGCCAUCCAUUCCGCGGGGGUCGGCUUCACAUGCAAAAAGGCCGGCGAAUCUUCUACAAAUCUGUCAAUACCAGCAGCCGCAAAUGCGGUCGAUAGAGUGCGCCAGAUAUAUGGCGGAGGUGUUGCAAACGAGCUGGUUGAGGUCAAUGCUGCUGAUGUUCGCUGGGGCUUCGAGGCCAAUGCACUGGUGACGAACGCCAAUUACCACAUCAAGAAGACAACCUUGGUGCUGUUUAUCAACCACCGCUCCGUGGAGUCGACGAAUAUAAAAAAGGCCGUUGAGCAGGUCUACUCGGCAUUUCUACCAAAGGGCGGGCACCCCUUUGUGUACCUGAGCCUCGCCAUUGACCCAACAAGAGUCGACGUAAAUGUGCAUCCCACCAAGAAGGAAGUUCAUUUCCUCAAUGAAGAUGAAAUCAUCCAAGACGUCUGCAACGCAAUCACCAAUGCCCUCACAGCGGUUGACACUAGCCGCACUUUCAAAACCCAAACGCUGAUUCCGGGUGCACGGCCGAUGGACAGCAAUGCCGCCAAAGACGGCGAGGGGCCAGUCGAAACAGUACUGGCGAGCGGCAAGCGUGUGCGGCGGAAUUCGAAUGAUCUGGUGCGUACAGACACAGCUGAGCGCAAGAUCACCAGCAUGUUUGCGCGCACUGAAUCCGGCGAGGCGAGCGGCAGCGGCGGCGCCCGCGCUGACGAGCCCAUAGCGGUGCCCGAGCCCGUCGAGUACGAAACCGUCGACCGCGCGUACGUGUCCUGCCCGCUGGCGAGCAUCAAGGAGCUGCGCGCCGAGGUGCGGAACAACAUCCACAACGAGCUGACGGACAUGUUCACCUCGCACACCUUUGUCGGCAUCGUCGACGAGCAGCGGCGUCUGGCCGCCGUCCAGGGCGGCGUCAAGCUGUUCCUCGUCGACUACGGACACACGUGCUUUGAGUACUUUUACCAGCUCGGCCUGACCGACUUCGGCAACAUGGGCGCCCUCCGCUUCAGCCCGCCGCUGGACCUCAACGAGCUGCUGACGCUGGGGGCCACGGAAGAAAAAGCGCUCCUCGGCGCCGCCGACGACGACUUUGACACGGCCGCCAUUGUCGCGCGCAUCACCGCCCGGCUCGUGGAGAAGCGUCAGAUGCUGCACGAGUACUUUUCGCUCGAGAUCUCGCCCGCGGCCGAGCUCGUCUCGCUGCCGCUCCUCGUCAAGGGCUACACGCCGCCGAUGGGCAAGCUGCCGCGCUUCCUGCUGCGCCUCGGCCCUCACGUCGACUGGGACAGCGAGCGCGGCUGCUUCGAGACGUUUCUGCGCGAGCUGGCCACGUUUUACGUGCCGGAGCAGCUCCCGCCCGGGCCGGUGCCGGGGACGGACACGGACACGGAAAACAAGCAGGAGCCGCUGCACCCGGAGCUGCGAAAGAGACGGCAACAUGUGCGGUGGGCCGUGGAGCACAUCUUUUUUCCGGCCUUCAAGGCGAGGUUGGUGGCGACGCGCUCCCUGAUGGACGGUGGCGUGUUGGAAGUGGCUAGCCUCAAGGGCUUGUAUCGUGUCUUUGAGCGUUGUUGA